AAUACAAGGGGUGUAGUCAUCUGUAAAUUUAUUUCGAUAUUACUUAAAUCGAACAAACAUGAUUUACGGGUGUAGUUCAGUUAAAAAAAUCAUUGGUUAAGACUUAUCUCUCUUCUUAUACAGGUCUUUAGAAUACCUUCUGAGAUCAAGCAUGGAGAGUGAUAAAAAGAAUCCAGAUGGUGUUAAAAAGAGUCCUUUUGACGACUUGUCAAAAGAAGAACUAAUAACAAAAUGUAAAGGGUUACUAAUAAUAGCUCAGAAAGCUAAGCAGGCAAAGUCUGAAUUGCAGAGUCAAACUGAAACCUACAAACAACAAUUGGAAAAAUGUGAAACUGAAAAGAAUACCUAUCUGCAAAAUAAUAAGACACUGCAAGAACUUGUUGAUUCUUUAACCGAACAAAAACUGAACUACAUAACUGAGAUAGAUGGAGCACAAGCUAAGGUGAAGGCUCUUGGUGAAAAAUGCCACAGUUUUGAAGAAGAAAUCAACAGGCUUAAAGCAGAUUUAAUUAUAAAGGAUCAAAGUAUUGCUGACAUUUCUCUAAAGUUGUCAGAUUAUGAUAGUGAAAUUAUAUCACUUAAGAGACAAAAUAACCGUCUUGUGGAAGAAAAUGAACAACUCAUCACUCAGUUAUCUGACAUGGAAGCAAGGAUUGCUGAAUUUAACAAUAUUGGUCUGCAGCAGAGAGAACAACUUCAGAUACUAGAACAAAAAUUUCAAGCCGAUGAUUCUUCGGAGCCCAAAAUUAAAGAGCUCAAUGAAAAAAUAAAACAGCUAGAGCGCGAAAUUGAAACUAAAGUCAGCAGUUAUGAAGAAAAAGUUGGCAUACUAGAUAACAAAGCAAAAGAAAUGACCAACUUAUAUGAAUCUGAAAAAAAUAAAAAAGAUAAAGUAAACGUUAAAUUGCGAAGUUAUAAAGAUAAGAUACUAAAAUGUGCUGCUUGUAUUAAUCAAUUACAGAAUUCAAGAUUCAUUUUAUCUAAAACAGUAAAGGAAUAUUCAGAAAAUGUCCCCAAAUGGCAAAAUGAAAUAAUUAAAGCAUCCAAAGUACUUGACAAUCAAAUUAAUGAACUAAACAAUAAAAAUGCAUCCCUUAGUGAUGAAAUUCUUGAUUUACGUAAUCAGUUAAUGGAAGCUAAAAAUAACUGUAAUAUGAGAGAACAUCAAAGUUUAAUUAAUGAAUUAAGUGAAGAAAAUAAUGAUUUGAAAAAUAAAUUAUCCAAUCUGGAAAAACAAGUUAAUGAUCUAAAACAAACUAAUUUGAUUCUUAAAGAGGAAACCACCGCCACCGAUACGAAGCAACACGAAGUAAUAAAGUCAAAACUGGAUAAAACUGUUAAAGAAAAUAAAAUGUUACAUGAAAAAGUAAAGGAUUUAACUGGAAAAGUUGAAAAUGUGAUUAAGACAAAUAAAGAACUUAGCGCAAGUCAUGAAAAACUUAAAGAAGACUACAGCAGAGUUUGUGAGUAUCUACAUAAAAAAGGAGGCAAUGAACAGUUGAUUGAUUCAUUAAAAUUGCAGGUUAAGGCUCUCGAAAGCGAAAAAGCAAUUUUAGUCAAAGAAAAAUUAAUUUCCAGAGAUGUUAUUGCUGUGUUAGAAAUGCAGAAUAAAAACUAUAUCAAUGAGGUUGAUUCACUUAAACAAGACAUCGAUACGAAUAAAUCUCAAUUUGAAAAAUUAUCUCAAGAAAUUUCAACACUUAAAGAAAGUCAUAACAUAGAAAAAGAUGCAGAAGUUAAUGAAAUGAAAACGAAACUAAUUUCUCUGCAAGAUAUGAAUGAUAAGCUCAAAAAAGAGUAUGAUGAUUUGCUUGACUUAAAUGGGUUAUUAAGAGAAGAAGUAGAGACCCUUAAAUUAUCUCUGGAGCAACCAAAAGACGAUAGUGAGCAUUUAUCAGAUUUGAAUGUCUCCUUGCAAGCUGACAUAGUAAAGCUUGAGACAAAAUUGUCUGCUUAUAAACAAGAGAAUGCGUCUCUUUUAACGGAAACAAAAGAAUUACGUGCCAAAGUAAAGGACUAUGAAGACAUAGUCAGUGAAUGUGAGAAUGCAAAAUCUAAAUUGCUUAGUUACAAAACAGAAAAUACGGAAUUGUUAAAUGAAAUGAAAGAAAUAAAUGAGGUGCUCAAGGAACGCGGUGAAGCUAUAUCCAAAUUGCAAAAGGCUGUUUCUGAAAUGGAAAAACUUAUUGAAUCCUUGGAAAAAGAUAGAGACGAGAUAAAAGAGGAAAGAGCGAGCUUAGUCCAGAAAAUUGAAACUUUAGAAAGUGAUUUAAAAACGGCAAAUCAAAUAACAAGUAAAAACAGUGACGACAUGAAAAAAAUCACUCUAGAAAAAGAGAACGCCGCUCAAAUGUUAACUGAUAAAGAGAAUAUCAUUGCAAACUUAAAGGAAGAAAUAGAAAGGUUGAAGCAGCAAACAUUUUCCUCUGCAUCGGAACUGCCCAAUGACGACAUGUCCACAUCCACAAUCUCCAAAGCGGAGGAACAUUCUAGAAUGAAGGACUUAGAUGAGACAUUUGAGGACAAGUAUACAAAGCUAAGGAUGUUCGCGCUCAAACUAAAGCGCAAAUUGAAAGAAGUCACAGCCCAGUUACAAAACACGGAACAAGAAAAUAUACGACUCAAAAAAAUAUUAGACGAAAAUGCAUAUGGAGAUAAAAAUAAACCGAUUGCUACAAGUAAUAGUGAUGACAUAGAUGCUUCAAGUAAAACUAACGAAAAAACCUUGGAAAUUGUCGAAUUGAAUGUAAAAGUUAAAUCUUUGUCUCAAGCUCUAGAAGCUUCUAAACAGUCGUUGGGUAGAUUAGAAACAUUAGAAGCUGAACUACAAACUAAAGAGCAACAGAUAAAUGCAGAGAAAGAAGCACAUAAAGCAACUAAAGAGCAAUUAGAUAAAGCUCUUAGAGAUGUGAAGAAGAAAAAUGUUCUAAGUCUCGAAAUGGAAGACUAUGAAAGAUCUAUGAAGGAUCUCACCACUAAGAUGGAAGAAAAUAAGAAGAAAAUUAUUCAAAUGGAAUCUACAAUAGACACUCAAGAAGGAACUAUUAAUGCUAUGAAGACGCAAAUAAAAUUAUUGGAAGAACAAAUUAAAGCAGAAGAAACACAAAAUAGAUUAUUAAAGGAGGAAUUGCAUCACGCCAUUGAAGAUGGAAAAGAAAAAGAAAAUAUACUUAAUUCUAAGAAAGAUAUUAUAUCAAAAUUGAUGCAAGACUUGGAAGAUGAAAAAAGAAAAACUGAAGAAUCUGAGUUAGAAAUGACUGCACUUUUAAGUGAAAAGGAGAAAAUAAUAAUAAGCUUGGGAGAAGAGAAGACGGAAUUAAAUAACAAAAUGAAAAGGCUGGAGUUCAAAUGUGCCGAUAUAAAUGAAAAGUUAAACAUUACCAAUAUUGAAUUGGCCGAUUUAAAAACAGAAUACACAAGCUACAAAGUGAGGGCUCAGGCUGUGUUGCGUCAGAACCAGACUGUGGAUCACAGCCACGAGGAGCAGCUCAAGGAGGAGACCGCCGCGCUCCGAGCUCAAAUAGAAAGCCUCACUGCCAAAUUGAACACUUUACAAGCGCAGUAUUCAGAGCAGUGUGUGGAGGUGGAGGCGGGACGCAAGCGCGUGUCGGAGGCGGGCGCGGAGGCGGCGCGCGCGCACCAGCGCACCUCCCGCCUCCAGGCCGACCUCACGCGCAUCGCGCACCAGCUGGAGUCCGAGAGGGCGCAGCACAAGUUGCAGGUGUCGACUUUAACACAGUGCUACAAAGCGCAGAUAAGCGAGUUGGAGACGAAACUCCAGAAAGAGAGGGAAUCAUUGCAGUCGCAGCUGGCGGCCGCUCAGGAGCGCAAGUCUAGUGAACCUGAGCGCGUACAUGUGCUCGAGAAGCCGUACAUGUUGCCUGUGAUCCCUAAGGACGAGAUCAGCGAUGGUGAAAUGGACUUCAAUGUGACCAUGAUACCGAGGGAAGAAGGAGAGGGUUCGGAGUCCGCUUCCUCUCCGCUGUUGUCGAAGCAGUACUUAUCGAGCGCGGAGGGCAGGCGCUCCCCCGUGCCGCUGGAGAGGCUGCUGGAGGAGGGGGUGCCAGAUGAUGACGCACUCGACACCGCUUCGCUCUCUCUCACACCGGAGCAGGAGAUUGCCGAGUUAAGGCGUAAAUUACAAGGGCAGCAGCACAGGGUGAAGCACGUGACAGUGCUGCUGGCGGAGUCUGAGCGCGAGUGCGCGCGCAUGGCGCAGCUGAGCGAGCUGCUGAAGGGCGAGCUGCGCCGAGUGCGCGGCGCCUCCGCACACGCGCACAACACAGAGUACAUGAAGAACGUAACAUUCAAGUUUCUCACUUUACCUCCGGGUGACGAGCGCAGUCGUUUGAUUCCAGUACUUCAGAAGAUUUUGACCCUCACGCCGGAUGAGACACAAAAGAUACAGGCGAUUGCAAAAGGUGAAGAUCCAAAUUCAAGUAAAGGUUGGGGAAGCUAUCUACCUUGGCCGGCUGGCAAAUAAGAUACGUUUUCUUAUCUUAUAAUAUGUAUUUACAUAUCGAUGUUUAUUUUAUUGAUCUGUGAUUUUAACUUGCUGAUUGAAACUUUUAGUUUGAGGCGUUAUAUCGUCAAUGUGUUUACGUGAAUGUUCACUAUUUAAGUACAC